UUUGAGUUUGUGGCAGGGCUCAGCGCUGCAGCCUCAGGCGUUGCAGCGCCCAAAACUUGGCAGGAGGAGAGAUAACGAAACGGACUCCUCCUCUUGGUGCCCACCCUUCGCGGAGCAUCGCUGAACUGCAGCAUCAAUGGACGCAACACUGUUGGUACACCAAGGAGAGCCGCACAGAAAGCCUAUUCAGCCUGUCCAAAUUUGAACAUGGCAGCGACGGCACUGAGAGUAGCAGCAGCCCCCACAGAAGACCGCAACGACGUGGAUGCCUCAUCAUCUGGUCACGGUCUCUACAUAGUCCAGUGGCGGGACACACUCUCGUCGAUUGCACGGUCUAACAACACUCCUCCUGAUGAGAUACUGGACCUGAAUCCCUCGAUUUCGCGAGAAAAGCCUAUCAUCCACUUUAAAGAGAGUAUCCGGCUGCCCCUUCCUAAGCUGCCCCACAGCCCAUCCCCUUCCAGCCCCCAGAUCAGUCAGACUCCUAAGGUGGUAGCAAGCCAGGCAGUAUCUGUACCUCCGGACUCCCCUCUAGUUUCACCUCAGAGAUAUGCAUUGGCAUGGAUGGCAGUGAUUAUGACGGCAGCUGCAGUGGCGACCUUCAUCUGGUUCUGGGCUACGCUUAGAGGAUUUGUGCUGUCGGGUUUAGGCAAUGUGCGCUGGUUGACCGGUCUGGAGAAGAAGGGCAUCACGACAGCGGAGAUACGGCUGGUGAUUCCGGAUGUUGAGAUGGUCGAUGUGGCAGGCCCCAGGCAAGCGGGGGAACUGGUCCGAGGGGCCGAGCAGGUGGCCGGUGUACCUGGUCGCCUUCAGAGUAUUGAGGAUGCCCGUGUGAGCUACGGGCCGGAAUCUGCGGAAGUGAUUCAAAAGGGCGUUUUCUGUGUAAUAAGCACCAAGCAAGGCGACAUGGACGAGACCGCGACCCGCAGGGACCUUGCAAAGGCAGAGGCUCGAUGGACAGCUAAAUUCGAGAUGUUGCAACGUGGAAGAGGGCUUCGAGUCCGCUAAAGGGAUUUCUCUGAACAGGCGGAACAAGCUGCCAAAAUCACGUUCGGAGAGAUGAUUUUAAGAAGAUCGCUCUUCCUUCUGUACGUUCUUUUGUGUUUAAUUCCGUGGUGAAGCUCGAUAGCAGUGGCGGUGUGCGGAAAGUCGGUUUGGGGAGAGUACUUCAACAGUCUUUCGGCUUCCGCCAAAGAUGCGCUAUCCCCAAUCAUAACCGCGGACAAGCUUUAAAGAUUGUCCAAGGAGUAGAGAGCCACUUAGAGAGUAAGAGAUCAGACGAGGGUAAGAGCCCAUUGGACGAGGGUAAGCGCCAAUCAGACGAGGGUAAGAACGAAUUGGACGAGGGUAAGAACCAAUCGGACGAGAAAAGUCAACUGUGACCCACCAUUGGUCCUUGAUGCUCCUUCAAACUGCGCUUGCAUACCCAUUUUCAGAGUACUCC